UUAGUCCAGAAAGUUCCUGGCGGGUCAUGAGUUCAUAGUCUGGGCAGACAAGGGAGCUAUGAGUGAUCUGGCCAGCAUGUCACAUUGCCCACGUCCAGACAGCUUUCGCACCCAUUCCACUUCGGUCUCAGAUAAGGAAACUGAGGUGCAGACUCUUAACUUGUCUGAGGUCAAACAGCUGUCAAAAGGUCCUUUCUGGCACAUUGCUGAAUAUUUUUGUCGGAUCUUGACAAGAAUUCCAAUAAAGUACUCCAGUGACCGCUGAAGGAGAGAGAGAUCUAAUCUUGCAGCUUACGGUGUAUCGCGUCUACCACGCCGGAGCAAUGUCCUACGUUUUUGUAAAUGAUUCCUCUCAGACAAAUGUGCCAUUGCUGCAAGCCUGCAUCGAUGGUGACUUUAACUAUUCCAAGAGGCUUUUGGAAAGUGGCUUUGAUCCAAAUAUACGUGACAGCAGGGGCAGAACAGGCCUUCACCUUGCAGCAGCCCGAGGAAAUGUGGACAUCUGUCAGCUGUUGCAUAAAUUUGGUGCUGAUCUGCUGGCCACAGAUUAUCAAGGAAACACGGCCCUUCACCUCUGUGGCCAUGUGGACACCAUCCAAUUUUUAGUUUCCAAUGGGCUCAAAAUUGACAUUUGCAAUCAUCAAGGUGCCACUCCUUUAGUUCUUGCAAAGCGCAGAGGAGUGAAUAAAGAUGUCAUCCGGUUGCUGGAAUCUUUGGAAGAACAGGAGGUCAAAGGAUUUAACAGAGGAACCCACUCAAAACUGGAGACCAUGCAGACCGCUGAAAGUGAAAGUGCCAUGGAAAGCCAUUCUCUCCUCAACCCCAACCUACAGCAAGGUGAAGGAGUCCUGUCCAGCUUUCGGACCACGUGGCAGGAGUUCGUGGAGGAUCUGGGCUUCUGGAGGGUGCUGCUCCUGAUUUUUGUCAUUGCACUGCUGUCACUGGGCAUCGCCUACUAUGUGAGUGGCGUGCUGCCCUUCGUGGAGAAGCAGCCCGAGCUGGUGCACUAGAGGUGCUGCUGCAGACGAGAGCUGGCCGGGAGCGCGGCAGCGUUUUGUUUCCCUCGUGCGUCUUUCCGUCCUGUGACCCUCUUGGAGGAAUGGUGCGCUCAUUUGAACUGUGUAUUCUGGUCAGGUGUAUCACGUCCUGAUGCUCCCUGUGACUCAGCCUAACUUGUGAAGAAAACCUACCCAUGGCCUGUUUGAUCAAAGCAUAGUAAUGAGUGGAAAGGAGCCAACGGAAGAGGCUAGAGUCCUCCCGGUAGAAACCUCAUCCUCACGUAGGCCCAGUUAACAUUCCCAGAGAGCAGAGUGCUUUCUUGCGUUACUCUAUUUCGUUGGCAGAUUUGCUUUUGCAAGAAUUCCCUUUCUCUUCUGUUUACUUUCUCCGGGGAAUGAGGAGAGAAACCUUAAUCUUAAACUUGAAUUAUUUUAUUCACAUCCU